AUGAAAUCAUCUUAUGCUUCUCUUAAAGAUCUACUACCCUUGAUGCAAAAUAAACAGGCAAAGAUAAAAAUAAAACUUUAAGCUAGUCAAAAUUAUGAAGAAUCUUGUACAUGUAAUUAAAUGAGUUGUGUAAUAUGUUCUCGAAAAAGAUCAUCAUCAAUGAUUUCUUUAAAACCAUUAAAACACUCAAUAAUAAUAGAUUAAGGAAAAAUAGAAAAAUAAGGAGUAGCUUAACUUUAAGGUCUGAUAUCCAGAAAAUUAUCAAAAUAAUCAUCAAAUUAAUUGUUGUAGCAAACAUAUUAUGGUGGGAAGUUGAAUUAUGAUUAAAAAGAUUCGUCUACUAACUCUUCGACAUGGUUAUUGUCAAAAUCUCAUUCAAGAAAAAUAUCAUUAGACAAUUAUUCCUAAAAGGAAACUAUUUAACUUAAAACGUCAUAAUAAUAAAUUACUACGAUAAGUAGAUUAACAUUUCGAUUUAUUUAUGUGAUCGGUAAGGGAGGCUUCGGAAAAGUGUGGAGAGUUGAAAUGAAACAAACAAAAAAAGAGUUUGCAUUGAAAGAAAUGAUCAAGGCAAAAAUUAUUUCUAAAAGAUCAGUCAAUUCAGUUAUGAAUGAAAAGUUCUUAUUGGAACAUCUUCGUCAUCCAUUUAUUGUGAACAUGCAUUUUGCAUUUUAAGAUAAAGAAAAUCUUUAUCUCGUGUUGGAUUUAUUAAGAGGUGGAGAUUUAAGAUUCCAUAUUUGUAAAUUGAAAAGAUUUACUGAAGAUCAAGCAAAAUUUUUCGCUUGUUGUAUGCUACUUGCAUUGCAGUAUUUGCAUUCGAACGGUAUCAUUCAUCGAGAUCUUAAACCAGAAAAUUUAGUAUUCGACAAAGAUGGUUUUUUGCAUUUAACUGAUUUGGGAGUUGCUAGAUUAAAUAAGGAUAGCAUUGCAAAUGAUACUUCUGGGACACCAGGUUAUAUGGCACCAGAAGUUAUGUGUAGAUUGGAGCAUUCCUAUCCUGUUGAUUAUUAUGCACUAGGAGUUAUUCUAUAUGAAAUUUUAAUUGGUAAAAGGCCCUAUAAUGGAAAAAAUAGAUAAGAAAUUAGAGAACAAAUAUUAGCCAAGUAAGCAUCGAUAAAAGAAGGGACUCCUAAUAUUAGUAGCAAAGCCAUCGAUUUUAUUAAUAGGUUACUCAUUCGUAAACCAUAAUAAAGAUUAGGCUUCAGCGGAAUUGAAGAGAUAAUUCAUCAUUCUUGGUUGAAAGGAGUCUAAUGGGCUAAAUUGCUAAAUAAAGAGAUGAAAUCUUUAUACAUACCAGGAUGUAUUGAUGGUAAUAGUGAUUUUUAAAAUCAGAUAUCAGCAGAUAGUGAAAUAGAAGAAGACUGUCAGAGUUUAUUAAGAAGAAAAAGUGUAUAAAGUUUAUUCGAUGGGUAUAAGUUUUAAUGA